AUGUCCGCCAUGCGGUGUAACACGCAGAUGCAAGGAUUUGAGGUGGUCGAUGCGGUGUCGCACACACGCACCAACACCUCUGCGUCGUUGUACGCGCCGCUGCACUUUACGAUCUCCUUUCAGGUGCACGAGCCCAUCGUUGGGUCUGCCUUGUUCGUGGCGGUGGAAUUUAUCGCCGACGUCGCCUCGGAGCAGCCCGCUGUGUCUUUGCUGCCGCUGAGCUGCGUUGCGCCGGCGGGACUUGCCAACUCCUCUGCGAAGACCGCGACCUCGAUGGCCGCCGUCACGCUUACCUCUUCAUCUUCAGUGGGAGGUGACACGUCGACCGAUGCGUUGCCGUUGCAGGGGCUGCUCGCGCCCGACGUGCUGUACGAGCUGACGUUCUGUGUGACGGAUCUUAGCACGUUGCGGGUCAUUCCGUUGAAGCAUCUCCUGCAGGUGAGCAUGAUGCGCGUACGCCUCGUGACCGCUGCUGCUGCGACUGCGGCGACGGAGACGGAAGCAGAGCGGGACGAGAACAAAAGAGGAGAGAGUAGCGCGGUGGCCACGUGGUGCGUGGUGUGGCACGUGCGUCGCGAUCCGCAGAAUAAUCAGGAGCUCGUGCGCACUGUGUUGAGUCCUUUAUCCUAA